AUCCUAAUCUAAAUUAGGAAUUCCAUCAAAGUUUAUAUAUGUCCUUGAAAUUUGUAAGUUAGAAAGAGUUUUUUUGGAUAAAUUUGACAUUGGUUUCCAGAUUAUUUGUAAAGGUGCCAUGCAGGUAGAAUAUGUACUUGAAAUCAACAAUUCUUUGGUGACUUUGAUGGAAAUUCACCAAGGGGUCAAGGCUUCAAACGGAUGGACCGUUUCUUGAUCUGGUGGCUGCCAUCCAAUAUACACUUUGGGGUGGGUUAGGAUAGCCUGGGGUGUAGGGCAAGGUAAAAUUGCAAAUGGCCAAAGUUAGUAAAGUGCGAAAGUCUGAUUCACGUCAUAAAAAGGUGAAUCCUUAUCUAUUGUCUUCUUACCCUAAGAAGGCUGGCAAAGGCACCCAACAGAAGCAAUGUUUGAAAGCUUCAGAGAAGAAAGAUUUGGGAACUGCAAAAUGUUCUGUCUGUCUAGAGUUUCCUCACAAUGCUGUUCUCCUCCUUUGUUCCUCCUAUGACAAGGGUUGUCGCCCCUACAUGUGUGCCACUAGUCAGCGCUUUUCCAAUUGUCUUGAGCAAUACAAGAAAGCCUACACUACAGUAACUUCAGUGGACGGUGGUUCGGUAGAUAAUUCAAUUAUUGUUUCAGGUGUGGGACAGCCCGAUGAAAAGAUGGAAAUACCAGAGCUUCUCUGCCCGCUAUGUCGAGGACAAGUGAAGGGUUGGACGGUGGUAGAACCUGUACGGAAAUAUCUCAAUAGGAAAAAAAGAUCAUGCAUGCAAGAUAAGUGCUCUUUCGUUGGAACUUACAAAGAGCUCAAGAAACAUGUUAAGGCAAAACACCCAUUGGCACGACCUCGAGAAGUGGAUCCUGUACUUGAAGAAAAAUGGAAAAAACUAGAGAAUGAGAGAGCGCGGGAUGACGUAAUUAGUACAAUCAUGUCAUCAACGCCGGGGGCAGUGGUAUUAGGGGAUUAUGUGAUCGAGCCUGGCUCUCGCGGUAUCUACAGGGAUGAAUAUGAUUCAGAUGACUCUAUUGAUGAUGGCUUCCUUCACCUGGACUCAUCUUUUCGAUUGCAUGGCAGAUUCAUUGAUUAUGACCUAUCUGAGGACGGAGGUUUCUGGAUGCACCGUGCUUUCCGUCGAUCUAGGCCUUCUCGCUUAUUGGGGUCAGUAGGGCUAAGGCGAAUCUCCUGGGUCCGAGGACGUAAUGGAAACCGAUGAUUUUGUGUGUUUACCUAUACCGCACUUGAGAAUAAGUAGAUGUAUUUUCAACUGCAGUCACAUGCUGAAAUUUAUGGUAACAUGAUGUGAUGCGGCAGGUAUUGUAGGAGUAGGUCACUGGUAAGGUAUUGAACCCAAGGUAUUUUGACCUUAGGUCCCAUAGUAGGUAAUGUGUAAUCGAAUAUCAUUUGGUCGUAUGCAUAGAGCAUUUGGGGGUGGGCUUCAUUUGACAGCA